AUGUUCUCCUUCAAGCUGGUCGACUUCCUGCACCGUCCUGUAGUAUCUGAGACACGUGUAAUGCCCGCUGCACCUCCGGCCAUCACCGUCUGUCCGGCUGACCUCAACCGGACAGCGCUGUGGGAGCUGGAUGAACUGUGGACUCUCGGUACACUCAGCACUGAGGAGGUGGCCGGAGCCGAACUACAGCUGACUCUCCUCCUCCAAUCAGAUUUCCUCCAUCCCAUGGACGGCUUCUAUCGGCUGUUCUUUCACGGCGAGAGCUCCCCCAAGACGUGGUACGGUCUCAGUCAGGUCAGCGCCUACAGUCUGGUGCUGGAUCAGAUGUUUAAGGAGCUGGUGGUGACGCAGUCGGAGACCGUCAGCGUGGACCGCAACGAUCAACCCUGCCAGGACGAUCCGCACUAUGACAGAAAUCAGUGCCUGCUGGACUGCCGGUCGCUGGCGGCCUUCACCGAGUCCAACUGCAGCGUCCUGUGGGGGGCGACCAGCGGCGGCGGUCUGCCGGCCUGCGUCUCCCGGACCGAGUACGAGGCGGCUGUCCGAGCCUGGCAGCGGGCGCGGCCCGACUGUGACCACUGCCUGCGGCCCUGCCGGACCCAGCUGAUCACAGUGAUGGAGCACCCGGCCAUGACCGGCGUCGGCCUCAGUCCCACGGUGGACAUCCAGCUGCGCUUCAGCCCGGAGCGUCUGUCGGUGCGGCAGCGGCUGGCCUACGAGCUGGUGGACCUGCUGUCCGACCUGGGCGGCGCCUUCGGCCUCCUGCUCGGCUACUCGCUCAUGAGUCUGGUGGACCUGCUGGACGCGGCUGUCGGCUGGAACGAGCGGCGCAGGCGGCGGAGGGCGGCGCCGGGACGGACCGGGUCGCUCGUACUGAGAUUUGCACAUUAAAAAAGCGAGUCUAUUUACACAUAGACUCACUCGCUCGCUGCGCCUGCUCGUUAGAUAUGCUCACAAUUUGCCAGCACCGCACAGUAGCGGUAAACAACAGUUGUAAACUAAGCGCGUGAAAAUGGCAAAUGUCCCGGUAAAGUCGAUUAA